GUGUCGGGCUGCGUUAGAUGGCAGGAGGAGCCCCCGUUGAAAGAAAGAAAUGCAAAGACACGGCUGAACGGAGUGAAAAUGUAAGAAGGAGAUCAGCAUUGGGAAUAAUUACAUAUUAGUAAAUCAACGAUUGCUUUCUCCGUGAUUUACUCGGGUUGAAGAGAAAAAGGUCUGAAGCAUCGAAAAGGAAUAGCCCACCGGCAGGAGGUGAGAAGCUGUGUAGGCUAUUAGACAUUUCAUCCACACAACAGCUUGUAAAAAAUCCUCCAGCGCACCGUAUUUGACUGAAGUUAUAAACACUGUCGCCCAUCACACCGAGAAGGAAAGACAUACAAUGGGCCAUGUUAUUGGAGAGAUGGACGCUCCGUUGGCAGACUUUCAUCAGUUAAUGUAAUGGAAACAAUAUCGCCACUCUUGCAUACAGCUGCAACGCAUCAACGGAAACAAAUCACGGACCUCCGGUGCUGGUCCACGUUAGCCCACGCGAUUUAAAGGGACGAUUUAUGCAGGGAUGUUGUAGGAGCGACGUUUCCUGUUAUGUGGUGCGCUAUGUCGAAGACGCAAACUUGGAUACACACCGAGAUAGCUGUCGAGCCACGGAGAAAGCCAUGGAAAAAGUUGGUGGAAAAUCCAUGGUUUAAGCCCCAACAGUGACUCCUCGCUGUUGAGAAAAUCAAGCACCAGCUCCAGCAUCAACUGUGUCUGUGCAGCCUCAUCUGAUUCCGUAGGAAAGGCGCUGCUGCUGCUGCUGCUGCAACAACAACAACCACCACCACACCACUUAAUCGUAUUCAGAACACUUUGGACAGCUGCGGUCGACUUGGAAGACACAUGUGGAGCCAACGAAAUGGAUACCUGUGUUUGCAGCUGGCUUGCCCGGGGUUAGAGAUGUGGCGGGCAAAACGAGCCCUAUGAGGAAUAGCCUGAACACCAGUAGCUAUCUCACAAUGGCACAAACCAGUUUGCUGCAGGGGAAGCGCUUUUACUGCAGGGAGUGGGUCUUCCACAAGAUCCAGCAUUGCCUCCAGGAAAAGACUAACAGCCUCAGCAAUGUGACCGGCAGCACUCCCGGCAAGCAGGCUGUCCCCACCGCCGGUGGGCCCCCCAACCCGGUCAGCGGCGGCAGCGGCGGCGGAAGUGGCGCCGCAGCCGGGUCGGGCAAAGGGGCGUCCUGGGGGGUGCUGCUGGUGGGGGGUCCGGGCAGCGGCAAGACGGCCCUGUGCACGGAGCUCCUGUGGCCCAGCUCUCCGCAGGGCCUGCACCGCGGCCUCCACCAGCAGAGCCUGGCCUUCCACUUCUGCCGGGCGGACGACUCGGACACGCUGUGCGUGAGCGGCUUCAUCCGCGGCCUGGUGGCGCAGAUCUGCCGCGGCGGCCUGGUGCCGGGCUACGAGGAGAAGGUGCGCGAGCCGGCCGUGCAGAGCGCCCUGCAGCCGGGCGAGUGCGAGCGCAACCCCACCGAGGCGUUCAAGAGGUGUGUGCUCCUGCCCCUGCUGAGUGCCAAGCCUCCUCCCCAGGCCCUGUUCCUGCUGGUGGACUCCAUAGACGAGGGCUGCCAGCUGGGGGAGAGCGAGCAGCGCGUGGCCUCGGGCAGCCCCAGGACCAUCGCCGAGCUCCUGGCCAGCCACCACGAGUUCCUGCCACCCUGGCUGCUCCUCGUCUGCUCCGCCCGACGCCAGAAUAAGGCCAUCACCAAACUCUUCACUGGGUUCCGAAAGAUCAGUCUGGAUGACCUGCGCAAGGCGUACAUCGUCAAGGAUGUCCAGCAGUACAUCCUACAUAGGCUGGACCAGGAGGAGGCCUUACGACAACACCUCACCAAGGAGACGGCCGAGAUGCUCAACCAGCUGCACAUCAAGAGCAGCGGUUGCUUCCUCUACCUGGAGCGUGUGCUGGACGGAGUGGUAGAGAGCUUCAUCAUGCUGCGGGAGAUCCGUGACAUUCCCGGCACCCUCAACGGCCUCUACCUUUGGCUUUGCCAGAGGCUGUUUGUGCGGAAACAGUUUGCUAAAGUGCAGCCCAUUCUGAACGUCAUGCUCGCAGCCUGCCGACCCCUCACCGUGAAAGAGCUUUACCAUGCUGUUUGGACUAAAAACAUGACUCUGACCAUGGAGGAGUUCCAGAAGAAAAUGGACAUCCUCUCCAAACUUCUUGUUGAUGGACUCAGCAACACGAAGAUUCUUUUUCACUACAGCUUUGCGGAAUGGCUCCUUGACGUGAAGCACUGUACACAAAAGUACCUGUGCAAUGCUGCCGAGGGGCACAGGAUGAUGGCAAUGAGUUACACGUGCAGGGCCAAGCAGCUCAAACCUCUGGAGGUGCAAGAGUUUGCUCUCCACCUGAUCAAUUCCAACCUGCAGAUAGAACCCUUUAACCUUGCUCUGUGGAUGGUGUGGAAUGGCACCCCUGCUAAAGACUCUCUGUCAACCUCAAUCCCAAAAGAGCAGGAGGUCUUGCAGCUCCUGGUCAAAGCUGGGGCUCAUGUCAACAACGAGGACGAUCACGCCUCUUGCAUUGUGCAGCAAGCCCUCGAGAGGGAAGACUCCAUCCGCACGUUGCUUGACAACGGGGCCUCUGUGAACCAGGCAGACUCCAGCGGGCGAACACUUCUGGCUAACGCUGCGUAUAGUGGAAAUCUAGAUGUGGUCAACCUGUUGAUUACCAGAAGGGCCAACAUGGAGCUCGAAGACAACCACGGUCAGACGCCCCUUACACUGGCAGCAAGGCAAGGUCACACCAAGGUGGUCAACUGCCUCAUUGGCUUUGAGGCAAACAUCAACCACACUGACCACGACGGCUGGACUGCCCUCAGAUCCGCAGCGUGGGGUGGCCACUCGGAGGUCGUCUCGGCCCUCCUUUACGCUGGCGCCAAAGUGGACUGUGCGGACGCGGAUGGCAGAACGGCUCUCAGGGCAGCAGCCUGGGGAGGACACGAGGACAUUGUGCUCAACCUGCUCCAGCACGGUGCCGAGGUGAACAAGGCAGACAAUGAAGGACGGACAGCCCUGAUUGCGGCAGCUUACAUGGGGCAUAGGGAGAUUGUGGAGCACCUGCUGGACCAUGGGGCAGAGGUGAAUCACGAGGAUGUGGACGGCAGGACGGCUCUCUCAGUGGCUGCCCUCUGUGUGCCGGCCAGCAAAGGCCACGCGUCGGUCGUCAGCCUCCUGAUAGACCGUGGAGCAGAGGUCGACCAUUGUGACAAAGACUGCAUGACCCCUCUGCUUGUGGCUGCCUAUGAAGGACAUGUGGAUGUAGUGGACUUACUCUUAGAGGGUGGCGCUGAUGUUGAUCACACAGACAACAAUGGAAGAACGCCACUCCUCGCUGCUGCCUCAAUGGGCCACGCCUCUGUGGUCAACACACUGCUUUUCUGGGGCGCAGCUGUGGACAGUAUCGACAGUGAAGGAAGAACAGUGCUCAGCAUUGCGUCCGCUCAGGGGAACGUGGAAGUGGUCAGGACUCUGCUGGACAGAGGCUUGGACGAGAACCACAGGGACGAUGCAGGUUGGACGCCCCUGCACAUGGCCUCCUUCGAAGGCCACCGUCAAGUGUGCGACGCACUCCUUGAGCAAGGUGCCCGGUGCAUAGAGGUGGAUAACGACGGGCGGAUCCCCCUCAUACUGGCCGCACAAGAGGGCCACUACGACUGUGUGCACAUACUGCUCGAAAACAAGUCCUGCCUCGACCAGCGGGGGUACGACGGGAGGAAUUCUCUGCGAGUGGCCGCCUUGGAAGGUCACAGAGACAUAGUGGAGUUGCUUCUAAGUCAUGGGGCAGACAUAGACCACAAAGACGCAGACGGGCGGCCCACCUUGUACAUACUGGCACUUGAGAAUCAGCUGGCUAUGGCGGAGUACUUUCUGGAGAACGGAGCCAACGUGGAAGCCAGUGACACGGAAGGGAGAACAGCGCUGCACGUCUCGUGCUGGCAAGGACACGUAGAGAUGGUGAGGAUGCUGAUCAACUACCAUGCCGACGUCAACGCCUGUGAUAAUGAGAAGCGAUCUGCCCUGCAGUCAGCCGCAUGGCAGGGUCACGCCAAGGUCGUCCAGUUUCUGAUCGACAACGGGACUCAUGUUGAUCACACUUGCAAUCAGGGAGCCACGGCGCUUGGAAUUGCCGCCCAGGAAGGUCAUAUUGAUGUUGUCCAGAUUCUGCUGGAGCACGGCGCAGAUCCUAACCAUGCCGACCAAUUUGGCCGAACAGCCAUGAGAGUAGCCGCCAAGGGUGGGCACACGAUGAUCAUUAAACUCUUGGAGAAAUACGGCGCCUCUAGCCUCAAUGGCUGCAAUCCUUCUCCAAUACACACCAUGGAACAGAAGACUCCUCUCACUGUCUCGGGGAAGAUGCAGUCCCUUACAAUCAAGUCUAACAGCUCUGGGAGCACAGGAGCCGGUGAUAUGCAAUCGACAGGACGUGGCCUGCAAAACGGGCCAGUGCACGCCUUCAGCUCCCCCUCAGAGUCGCCAGACUCCACCGUGGACCGUCAGAAAUCGUCUCUCUCCAACAACUCCCUGAAAAGCUCAAAGAACUCCUCAUUGAGGACCACCUCGUCCACUGCAACCGCCCAGACUGUGCCCAUAGAUAGUUUUCAUGGGCUCUCCUUCACCGAGCAGAUUCAGCAGCACUCUCUUCCACGCAGUCGAAGCAGACAGUCCAUUGUCUCACCUUCGUCCACAACCAAGUCCAUAGGGCCGCAGCCUAGCUCUCCUACCAGCGAGUUUGACUGGGGGCAAAUCAAGCCAGGGCUCAAGCAAAGCAAAGGCACCAAAAACAGCACAUCUAACUGUUCCAACAAAAUGGGCUCAGGGGACAAGAAGAAGUCCAAGAACAGUGGCCCUGCACAGGGUCAAGUUCUGGAGUAUGAGAUGACACAGUUCGACAAGAGGAUUGCGCUCAACAACCCCGUGUCCAACAUUGGCAUCAAGGACCCACACUGUAAGAUAGUGGUUGGUGGCCCAAUGCUAGACUCGGGGCAGACCCAAGAACAGUACUACAUCCAACAGCAGAGCUUAGCUGAGAAAAAGAGGAACGGUAUCAUGACCAACCCCAACUAUCACCUACAGGGCAAUCAGGUUUUCCUUGGGAGAGUGUCUGUCCCCAGAGCUCUGCAGAAUAGAGGGCAUCAGGAUGUCUUGGACAAUUACCCAAUUGGGGAGACAGAGUUAAGCCUUAAACAAGCCCUCAAACUGCAAAUUGAAGGAUCAGACCCUGGGUAUAACUACAAAAAGGAAACUCCAUUAUAACUGAUGUCUUGGAUUGUAUCCGUCAGCCUGACAUAUGAGGGAAAGUGCCAAAGCAACUAUCUUCAUCCGCAAAAGUACUAUAUCCAUUUCUUCUCUUUCGUCAGUGGAACACCUCAAAAGAAAAGAAAAAAGAAAAAAUCUAGGGAAGAAUGUUGACCGCUGCACAAGGCUCACAUAAACUGAUACUUCAACGUGCCUACAUUUGUUACAGCCUUCUUAGUGUAACCAUGCACACUAUCAUUUUUUUUUAUUUAAUGUAUUCGUAUUUAAUAUGCAGUGUAUGCACUUUCUAAAAAGAGGAAAAAAACAGACAUGUAUGUUUCGGUUUCCAUUUAAUGCCUCUUGAAUUGGUAUCAAAGUAACAGUAAAAAAAAAAACAAAUGUACAUUACAUUUUGAGUUUUUGUCUUUUUCUGUGUAUUUUUUUCUGCCUGCAACCAUACAUAUUGACAGCAAUGUACCACAGAGUACGUUGUCACAUCUUACUGGUGAAUUAUGAGGUAAUGUUUUGUGCAUUGAUAACCUGCCAUUCUGAAGACCCAAAACUCUGUAUUGAUCUCCUUCGGUGUGCUAAACAUGUUGUGUGUAAUGUUAAUAGCAAUGGCAAUUUAUUCUACAAGUGUAAUCAACCAUAUUUAUUUUGGAAAAAAGCCACUUUCAUUUUUAUUGUAUGCUUAUACCAUGGUGCUGUGUUCAGAGGUUGCCUGUAGUCAUUUUGGCCACCUUUUGGGUGGUCUUCUUAUUGUUUGUUUGUUUAUCCAUUUGUUGUUUGUUUGUUAUGUGUAUUAAAGAUGCCAGAGGGAGCGAGUUCAUUGGAAACUGAAGCCCAGAUCAUUUCAUUUUGUCCCUGUGGGACUCUUUUUAUUUGGUUUUGUUGAUUUUGUUUUCUUUUUUGUUUAGUUCUCUCUUCUUUUGUCGUGAGCAUUUCAAUGGGUAUUUAAACAACCAACAGUGUAAUGGUUAACUGCAGUUUGGUGCUAAAUGCAAAGUUCUCAAGUGAAAGCAGCAAUUUCAGUGUGUUAGUCAAACAGGAACACUUAUGUUCCUUGCAGUGCACACCUCAAGGUUCAGGCUGUUUCUCCCUAAUGGUUCUAUGUUGACUUUAUGUUGGUAAUAAUGACAUAUCUUAUUUUUGUGGCAGUAUAAAAAAAAAAUCAGUAUGACUGACACCUCACACUUCCACCAACCAGUAGACUUUAAAUAAUAUCAUGGUUUUUAAGGAAUUGUUUGAUAUGUAUACUUGUUGAGCCAAAGUUGAAACAUAGAAAAAUAAAACUGAAAUGUAUUGGUUUCAGAGGCCCGAAAGAGAUACCCCUAAAGCGCUAGCCUUUCACCAGGGGAGAGGGGGGGAAGGGAGAGGGGGUAGUGCUUGGAACGGGUGCCGAGGGAUUUCAAACAUCUGUUUCUCAUGGCUUGGCCGAGGCCGUUUUGAGCAUUUUGUGUGUAAUGUCAUAUUUGUGCUGGCUUUUCACAUUGUUAGCGGCGAAGUGUUUCUUUCGAGAACAAUAACGGUGAGAGCAAAUCUGAGAACGCAAGUGCACAUGACAGACUAUUUCGAGCCUGAGACUUUCUCAAUGAGGCCUCGGCUUUGAAGGUUGGAAAAAAGGAAGGCUGACUCUUUGAAGAUCUACCCUGGACAGUAUUCAAAAACAUUUUGCCAUCUGUUAACCUGUCAUGGGUAUGUUUUUCUGUCUCCCAACAAGCAUCUGUCAUAUUUUGGAUCACAUUGAAAGAAUUUGAUUGUAAAUAGCUUACCAUGUACAUUGAGCCCUCAUUUUGAAAUUUUAUUUCUUAUAUUAAGCUGAAUUUUCCGACGUAUAUUAAAAGUGCUUAAUAAAUCAUAUUUGCUUUA